CAUAUGCUUUAUGUUUUGGAACCUGCCUAUACGUAGACCAGAUCCGCCAGUCAAAUCUAAAAAUGUUACCCAAUAACUUAUGAUUUCGAUUUUUUUCUGGGAAUCCCCGAUAUAUUUAACUCAAAGGGCACCAAUCAUAUAGAAUGGAAUAUGCAGGCAAGGACAAGUCAACUCUAAAAGUGAAAGUGAAAUUCAGGGGCUUUAAAUUUCGCAGGAAAAUAUCUGGAAAGAAGCUGCUUUCCUUCAUUCGCAAGAAAGUUUUCGUUGAGGCAACAACUGGCGAAGAAUCUGUUGCGGACCUAGAAAAAAAUGGCUGAAUCUCGAGGCGCUAAGUCUUCCCACUACGAAAAGCAACACCCGAGAAUUAAUAAGCCGGAUAUGUUUAUGAACACGGCUUUGAUGAUGGAAAGAUCUCCGCAAGCAGAACGUCCAAACAGCUUCGUACCCGAGUCGAGAAACCAAGAAGAUGAAGUUCAAACACGUUAUAAAGAUCUAUCCGCUCUAGGGAAACCGGCGACUCAAGAAUCGGUACAAAGGGACGAAAAUGAGCCUAGGAAAUGCAAUAAAAGCGGUGCUGUCGUUGUACUGCCGAAUGACAGAGCCUUGUCCGUGGACUGCAGUCAAGACGGGGUUCACGCAGCGGUGAGCGCACUCAACAAGUUCGGCCAAGAAAGAGCUAAAGGGUGUCAGGUCUAUCUGUCAAGACGACCAUGUUCGUACUGCGCGAAACUGCUUGUCCAGUGCGAGCUUGCUAAAGUUUACUACCUUCCAAUAGAACCUGAACUGAAUGACAAAGAGGAUGUCCAGAGAGUGGAUAAGUUAUUCAAGGCUUCGUCUACAGGCCUUUCCGUGUUUAUACCAAAAGUUAGCGAGAAUGUCAUUAAAGGCGUAAAAGAACGAAGGUCUCCGUUCCUUGGUAGUGCACGCCCCAACGAAGAUGCUAUAAAUGAAUAUAAAAGAAAACUCAUUGACGAGUACUGGAGUGAAGAGUGGGUCAGAAAAGCAGGUUAUGAUCUGGAAUGGCCUGCUUUCGAUAAAAAGAUGCAUUAUCAGACACAAAAAGAUAUGUACAACUUGAUGGAAUGGAUUGCAAGGGCAACAAUUGGUGACGUUCCGGACAGCGUCUUUGUGGAGAUUGACCCAUACACUCUCGAGGGAGUGUAUUUCAAGACAGCCGCUCAGAGUGACAUUGGUGACAAAACACUUGUCACUGAAGACUCCGAAAGCAUCCCAAUUAUUCCAACGCCAAAUGAGCCCAGUUGGCAAGGGCAUGCUCUUCACAUGGUCAGGAUGGCCCAGAUGUUGUCACAGAGAAGCGACGAUCCGUCCAAGCCAGUAGGGUGUAUCCUUAUGGUGCACGGCGAGGUUGUCGCUAUCGGAUGGAAUGGCUUCCCUGCCAAGGCACUGUAUGGAGAAUUCCCGAGGGCGUCAACCGCUGACCAAGGCGCCAUCGAGAAAAAAGAACCGUACGUCAUCCAUGCCGAACAGAAUGCUUUGUUGACGAGAAAUAAGAGAAACAUGAAUCAUAAAUCUUCGAUUCUCUACAGCAACAAGGUCCCUUGUGGAGAGUGCGUUCCUCUUCUGAUUCAAGCUGGUGUGACAAAUGUUGUUGUUCCUUGCGAGCCCUUACAGGAUGAUCCCGAAAACAAAGCUUUCCUUGCAGCCCUCAGGAAAGGAAAACUCAAGGGCUACUGGCCAGCAAGACACAAUGAAGAGGUUGAAGGAAGAAGUCGAAAAUUAGUCAUGGAAAGUUAGGGCCUAGUCUCAUGAAUUACACGAAGUUUUAAAAUGCA